AUGUAAUAGCUGGCGCCAGAACACGAGUUCGUUGGUGGUUGCCGCCCACACGAAUUUUAGUUCCUUUGUUAGACUAGUUCGUGUGAAAGUACUCAGGUUACACGGACUGUUAAGCGAUGUCGCUUUCCGGAACAAAUCCUCUUACGACUGAAGAGGUUCGAAAUACCACCGAUCGUAUCCGGAUGCCACAAGUUUCAAUCAAGCCAGAACUCUAUCAUGAAGGGAACACUGUUCGACACGCCCUCAAUAUCUUAGACCUGCGAUUUCUGAAUCGCGCAUUCAAAGAAGAUGACGGAAGUCAACAGUUCCUGGAUAUCGGUUGUGCGACCGGUGACUUCACACGAGACGUCCUUCUGGAAAUGUGCAAGCCCUACAAACGUUUUGUUGGCGUCGAUAUCUCCCACGAUAUGAUAAGCUACGCUCGACAACAUUCGUCACAUCCUAAGGUGGAAUACGAAGUUCUGGAUAUCUGUGGCGACAUGUCCAAGUUCAUUGAGAAGUACGGCAGGUUUAGGCGGGUCUAUUCAUUUUAUACGCUAAACUCGGUGGAGGACCAAGUGAAAGCGAUGAGGAAUGUAGCUGACCUGAUGACAGUCGACGGUGAAUGCCUGGUGAAGUUUGUUGGGAAGACACAGGCCUGGGAUGCCUGGAGAACGCUUGCUAGAACGCAGCGCUGGAGCUCGUACGCGGCGAUCCUUGAAGGCAGCAUACCGCGAAGCCACUAUGCGGAAGACCAACGCCUUUACAUUGAAACGGUGGUCCAACAAUCUGGUUUGAGACCACACACAUGUGAAGCACUGCGGAGUGAGGUUAAAGUGCCCGUGCAAGCUUUUAAAGAAAUGUUUAGGGCGUUGCUGCCGGUAUCGAACGACAUGAGCCACGAAGACAAGGAGGACCUUUUGGACGACUUUGUCGAGGAAAUGGUGGCGACCUGCGGAAGUGAAUCCAAGGACAGCAUUAAUUUCUUAACGACGCACUACUUCGUUCACGCCUCUAAGUGCGGCGAUUAGGUUUUCCAGAGAGAUAUGUGUUAUAAGAUUAUGAUAAGAUUAUGUAUUACAUUUUAUUCGAUUGUACACGACAUACGCUGAUGACUUUUAUGCGGCAUUUUAAAUAAAUGAACAACCCUUUUUACA